UAUGAGCCUGGUGGUGGUUAGCUACCCUGCUCCUUAUAGAAGUGCGUUCGCCUCGAUUCGGCCAGUUUGUGCUCGAUUUCCCCCGUGGAAAUCACAUUACUCGAGGUACAGGAUUUUAGUACAAACUUCCAUUUAACUGAAUUCACCAUGAAGUACCUCAUUCUCUUGUGCAUUUUGGUGGGAUCAGCCUUCGGAGAUGGGGAUCACAGUGAACUUCGAUUUCGCAGACAAGCACAGAGACAAGCAUAUCAUCCACCAGCUCAGCCUUCGGCAAAUUAUCGGCCCUUGAAUCAAGCACCGGGUAAGAUUCAGCAGCUGCUCCAGUUUCAGCAGUACAGAGAGCCGAUCGUUAACAUCCCACCCCAGCAGCCUCCCAACCUGGGCAAGGGACCGGGUCAGCCCCAAUUAACCAAUCAGGCUCAGGUUUCCCAGUACAAGCCUAAUGUUCAAUAUGGAGCGGCGCCGCAGCAGCCGUCUUACCAAAAUCAAGCUGCUGCCAUUGCAGCACAGUACAGACCACAGGGACAGCAGCAGUACAAUCCACAGCCACAACACGGCCAACCUCAGUACCAGGGUUGAUUUCAUUUUCUGAACUUCAUUUUCAUCAUUCAAUAGCUUUCGCAAUAUGUUUUUUAUCAUUAUCAUAUGAUUUUCCUCACCUCUUUCUGCAUCUUCUUCUUCAUCUUCUUAAUGUUGUUCUUCUUCUAGAUCUUCUCAUUCUCCAUUUUUAUCUCCUGUAAUAUUGAUGAAACCGCAUCGCUCUGUUCAAAUCAUCAUCCUCUCGUCACACACCUGAUUUUUUAACAGAAAUCAUCCUUCACUUCUGGUUUUAAUGCUUCUUCUCUUCUCCCACUACUCUCUCGAACCAUUGCAAAAACCUUCAGAUAAUUUUUCUAAUGUCAAUUAUUUUUGGAGGAAAAAAUCCACACUAAACAUCAUUUUUUAUCUCAAUUUCAAUGAUUUACGAAACUGUUUUUUUGCUUUUCUUCUUUUUUUUAUGUUUACCGGCUUCGAGAAUAAGUUUGAGAAUUUUUCCUGUUUUUAAACUAUUUGGUUCAGUGAAAAUCACUUUUCUAUGAUCCCUCCCCCCUAUCUCCCCCUUUCAACACCAUUUUCCACUUUAUUAAGAAACAAUCAUUUCUUUUACUUUUUUCCAUCCGUUACGUCUAAUUAUUCCGCUCUCAUUGCUAUUUUUAACUGACAACAAAUUUCAGAUAUUUUAUAAUUUGUUGGAUUUCUUACUACAAACAAUUUUUCCAAGAUCCUAUCAAAUAUCUACAUCACUCUUUUCCUAAUUCUCGGAAAUUCUCAGUCCACAUUUUCUGUUUUUCACCCUCCCCUCUUUUGUUCUGUCUUCUCCUCAUUUUCAUAAUUGCAAAAUCCAUUGUUUAAUUUAUUGAACAACUCUUUCAAUCAAUUUUUCAUCGAAUUUGGAAAAUUAUUCCGUUAAACAAUUAAAUUUCAAAAUUAGUUCUGAAUUUCGACCAUUGCAAUUAAUUCAAUUUUCAACAGAUUGAAAAUUCAGAACAAUUCUUGUCUCAUUAUAGUAAAUUAUCAAAUAUUCAAAAGAGUCAUUAACUGAUUCGUGAAUGACGAAAAAACAAUCAUAAUCAUAAUCGAGUCGAGAGCUCGAAGCCCGCGGCCCAGUAAUUUUCGUGGUCAUUUUCACUCUUGCACUUUUAAAAACGAAAACCGCUAUCAAUUUCCAAACAAAAAAAAAAGUAAGCUUCUCUACAGAAAUCAUUUUCAUUGUCAUUUUCUAUCACUCAAAAAAUUUCGAAAAAUCGUCAACCCUCAAAUACUUUUUUUUGAAAACCCAAAAUGUCUUUUUUCCUAUCUCUAUCUCUUCUCAUCGUCGACCAAAUAUUCUUCGCCUCUGUCAACAUUCUUCUUGUUAGCAAAAUGUAGAUGACAUUUGUUAAAUAAAACUGUAAAUGCCGAAUCGUAA